ACUUCGCACCUCCCUGUGAAAUUAUCUCUCACUGGGGCGCGGUCCCAUGGGUGGGGCUCUUUAUAGGUAAGAGAACACAUGUUAGACUACCAGGCGGAGACCAGACUGUGUAGUAACGCGGAACGGACAUUUCUACGACUGCAGAAAGUGUGGGUGAUUUUUUGUUGUACUAUUGUGUCCAACGAAUUGUUGCCUACCGACCAAUUGGUAAGAUGACGCUGGAGCCGUUGCGUUCGGCAAGGUCCAUUGGUAAUGUAGAGGACACAUCGCUCGCACUGCCUUCGGAUAGUAAGCUUCGCUCUGGGCAACAACGGGUGCUGGAUCAAGUUCAUACCAUUAAGAGGAGCAAGUCGAAACAAGGGAAGAACGGAUCACUCUCACCAGCAAGUCCUCAGAGUUUGUCUAUGUUUGCAGAGUUUGGUUCCUUCAAGUUCUCUCCCUCAAAAGCCAAUGGCACUUUCAGCAGGAGCAACUCUUCUGGAAAAGGAGCCAGCAACAAAGCGGUGAACGUACAGAAGAGCCGUUCUCUGUCUGUGGGGCGAAAACACUUCACCAGCUCCAGCCAAUGGGAGCAACAAAUGCAUUCCAAAAUCUGGCCCCAGUCACCCAAUGGGCUCAAGCCGAGUCGCAGUGACCCCGCCUUGGGCCUCGCCCCUGUGCCUGCCCCAGUACCCCAGCAACGAGCAAAGGGUCUAAAUGCAACCCUCCAGAAUCGCAACAUCUCCAUCACCAGUGGCAACAGCUUCCUGGUCAGCAGCCAAUCGCGCAUUAUCCAGCCACCCUCUGUCCUAUCGCAUCAUGAGACAAAGACCUCACUCACAGAAGUCACCAGGGCCACCAAGACUGAGCAGCAGUCAGAAGUGGACGCUACAGUCAGUAUGGCAGAUAUGACUCUGAAGGAGGCUGUGGAGUUCCUGGCCAGCCCAGAGGAGAACUAUCAGCAGUGUGGAGCCUCCUUCAUCCAACACACCACCUUCAAGGAGGACCGCUCCAAACAAGAGGUGCUGAAGCUUGGCGGAAUCCCCCCCCUGGUUGCCCUCCUGAGCAGUUCGCACCCAGCUGUCAGCCAGAGCGCCUCUGCAGCCCUCAGGAACCUGGUGUUCAGGGACCAGGCGAACAAGCUGGAGGUACAGGCCUGUGGGGGAAUAGACCACGCCUUGCAGCUGCUCAAGGAGACUGACUCCACGGAGACCCAAAAACAACUCACUGGUCUGCUGUGGAACCUGUCCAGCGCAGACGAGCUGAAGGGCGAGCUGAUAGACCGCGCCUUGCCUGUUCUGACCGAGAGCGUGGUGGUCCCCUUCACCUGCUGGUCGGAGAGCAGCGUCAAUCACAACAUCCACCCGGAUGUCUUCUACAGUGCCACUGGUUGCCUACGCAACCUUAGCUGUGCCCGGAUGGAAGAGAGACAGGCAAUGCGGGUGUGUCCUGGCCUCAUUAACUCUCUCAUGAGUUACGUCCAGUCUUGCAUUGCUGAAGACAACCCAGAUGACAAGUCAGUGGAGAACUGUGCGUGUAUCCUACAUAAUCUGACCUUCCAGCUAGAGAAGGAGGUCCCCCAGUGCUUCUCCAAGUUCAUCUCCUCAACAGAGCAGCCCUCAGGGGGACAAAAGAGCCCCACCAUUGGCUGCUUCAGCCCCAAGAGUAGCAAAAUCAACAGAGAGGAUAGUUUCAGUUACCCUGUGCCUGCGGAGGAGAGCGAGCCUGAAGGCGUGUCCUGGCUGUGUCACUCCAAGGCCAUGAAGAUGUACCUGUCUCUGCUCGGCUCCGCCCAGAAGGAAGCUACACUGGAGGCUUGCUGCGGAGCCCUGCAGAACCUCACUGCCAACAAGGGGCUGGUGUCAAGUGUGAUGAGCCAGACCCUGGUUCAGAAGCUUGGUGCUCUAGGCUAUGUAUCCCCCCUGAUCCAGUCUCCCAACCCCAGCCUGCAGAAGUCAGCCAUGUCUCUAGUGGGCAACAUCUCUCGCACUGCCAGCCUGCAAAGCACCAUGGCUAAACAACUUCUCCCUGACCUGGUCACCCUCCUAUCCUCUGGCAGCAAGAAUAUGGGCAACAAUGAUGACCUAAUGGCCACCACGUCUCAUACCGCCCGCAGUCUGCUAUUAGCAGACCCUGAGAUCGGCAAGAAAGUUGUUACUACAGACCUGGUGACGUCACUCUGUGACCUCAGUGAGAACGGGUCUUUUCCCAAGGCUAGCAAAGCAGCCUCCCUCUUGUUAUACAGCCUCUGGAAUGAAAAGACUAUGCAAGGGCUGCUGAAAAAGCUUGGAAUGAACAAGUCUGUGUUUGUCAAUGACACAACUACUGCGGUCCACAAGUCAGUGCAGGUCGUAGACUGAGAUUAGUCCCUGCAAGCUGGGACACUGCUGUGGACACCUUUUCUGAGACAAGAUGAUACCGGAGAAGCUUUUACAGAAUAAUAACAGUCGUUCUUCAGUUAAUGUCACAGGAAAAUAUACUUAAAUAGGCUAUGUGUUCAGUUAAUAACUUACUUUACUCAAAAGUAAGUACUUACUUGUUGUAUCAAACAGCUUAACACAGUUUAACAGUUUAAGGUGAUCAUAUUUGUAUUUGUUAAAAAAUUGACCUUAAGGCUGUGUUUGUGUAUGUCUGUGUGGAGCUUGCUAGUGUGUGAGGGAUGGGAGGCAUGUGUGUGGAUUGACAGUCAAAUUUUCAGUGUUAAGAUAACCGAUGAGGAAUGUAAUCCCGGAGAGGGAGUUUGUUGGUUGGCUGGAGAUACUCUAAAACUCAAUUUAGUUUAGAGUACGUUUGGGUUUAUAUACUUAUUGAAACAGUGGAAUUGUGCGUUUGAAGUCAAAUUUCACUUGCACAUGAUGACAGUUGAUAUAACCUGCAAUAAUUUAAAAGUAUGUUUUGCUUUGUGAAUGUUUUGAUGUUCCACACUGCUUUGCAACAUGUUUUGUUGUUACGAAAUUGAUUUAACACAAAUGUUAUCUAAAAUAGUAAUCCUGUUAUGAAACAGGAUUAUAUGUUAAAGAAUAUGUUAAUGUCUUCUGAAAGGCAAGAGCCUGCUCUCUAUUUAAACAUAAAAUAAAAAAAGAUUACAAAAUGA